AUGCCCUUCACCCCUAGCCCAGACCAUGAUUCAUUUGUUAUUUGUCAAACUUUCCAUACGGUGCACGACUCAUACCAUUCCAAAUUUCCAAGACCAUCAUUUCCUGCUGCUGUUGCAUGUUGGCCUGCUGCUGCUGCACAUCGAUCACUUCCAAGUUUAGACCAUCGUUUGAUUUGUUUCUUCUUGCUGCUGCUACGGUUCGGUGAUGCUACUGCUAUGGUUCGUUGUUGCUGCUACACACACCACAUCCACUGCCCAUUGCUAACUGCUUUCUCAUUGCUUGCUUCCUCCCGACCGGCUUCAUCUAUUGCCACUCUAAAUUGGACAAAUGGAAAGAUUAGGUUAAUUUUACAAUUUUGUAGGCAAAUGGAAAAGAAUGCAUUGCCCUUUCGUGGUCAUGAUGAAUCCGAAAUGUCUAUUUCUAAAGGCAUGUUCUUAGAAACAUUAGCCUUAAUUGGUGAUUGCAAUGAGGAUGUAGGUAAAGUUGUAUUAAAAAAUGCUCCAAAGAAUGAUCAAAUGGUGUCUCCAAGUAUUCAAAAAGAUAUUGUUGCUUGUUUUGCAAAUCAAAUACUCAAAUCCAUUUGUAAAGAAGUUGGUGAUGAUGUGUUCUCAUUGCUAGUUGAUGAGUCUAGUGAUGUUUCUAAGAAGGAACAAAAGGCGGUGGUUUUACGAUAUGUUGAUGCACGUGGUAUUGUUAAGGAGAGAUUUUUUGGUAUCGUUCAUGUAAGAGCGCAAGGUUAUGACGGAGCAAGCAAUAUGCGUGGUGAGUUCAAUGGAUUAAAGGCCUUGAUUUUGAAUGAAAAUAGCUUGACAUAUCAUAUCCAUUGCUUUGCUCACCAACUUCAAUUAGUUGUUGUGGCAGUUGCAAAUAAACAUGACGGAGUUGAGAACUUUUUUAAUAUGCUAGGAAUGGUGAUCAAUGUGGUGAAUGCUUCUUGCAAGCGUAAAGACAUGCUUCGACAAAGUUACAAAGAUAGAGUGCAAGAAGCAAUUGGUAAGUGUGAAGUUGAAACUGGAACAGGGAAAUACGAAGAGCUUUCUCUUAUACGAGCAGAAGAUACACGGUGGGGUUCUCAUUAUAAAACCAUUUUGAGCUUGAUUGCUUUGUUUCUAAAUGUUGUUGAAGUGCUCUAG